CAUCUCUAGCCUACCCUAACUUGUUUGGAACUAAAAGGCUUUGUUGUUGUUGUUGUUGUGCUGUUUGUUAGAACAAUAAUCAAUAUCUCAUGUGGGUGUAUUAUGCUCGUGUAGAAUUGAUGAGUUGGUGCAUCCAGCUGCGUGCCAAUUUCUCAGCGAUGAAAAGCUUGUGGAUAAUAGAAGUGAAAUUGCUGAAAAGAUGGAAGUUAAGUUUUUCUCAAUGCCUCAGAGUAUCAAACCUGUUACUGAUUUCAUACAAGAGAAUGGAGGGACCCUAGUUAGGACUGAAAUUCUUGCUGGCCGUUUCAAUGAAUGCGUCGCACGUGACAUAGGAAUGAUGGUGGUCCAACGGUCUAUUGCAGAGGUGUUUCGUGCGCACGCUGCGGUUUUGACUUGGGAUGGUGCUUUUGAUAUAACUGAUUUUGUUGUCAUAAAUGAUGAAGAGAUCAAGAUAACUAAGGAACCCGUGCCGGGUGAGGCUGCUCACAGAGCACACGACCUACACAGAAUUGGGUUCAUUUACAUGCCUUUCUUUACAGAAAAUGGAAGAAUGGCGUUGUACUUCAGUGUUUUGCAUCAUGACCUGAUAAAUGCUGGUGAGAACGACAUAAUGGAGGAAUGGUUCAGAGAAUAUAUUCUCUAUCACACAGCACUGAGGCCGUCACCAGCUCGUUACAGUCUUUGUGACUGGAGUGCAUCAGACGUGCCAAAAAUUUGGUGCUGUAGGUUCUGCAAUCCAUCAGUUUUUAGCUGGAAAGCUUGCUUGUUACCUGGAUUGGAGGAGUCAUGUUCCGCAAAAUACCGCUGAUGUAUUCUCUAAGGUGUAUCGGUUCAAGUUUAAGCCCACAGAAGGCGUACCCCAACCAUUUGAACCGACAAAUGGGGGAAUCCUUGCAUACAAGAGACAUUUCUUUCAGCAUGCAGAUAUAUACCUUAAUGUUCAAUAUCUGUGUGAGGUUGAAAAAAUUGGUGCAAGGAGGUUUGAGAAAGCGCUUCCGUAUAUCUUGAAGUUGCUGCUGAGAGAUUGUGAUAUGCACAAAAGUGGCCC